AUGCCGCCCCGUAAGCCAGCAUGGUUAUCCGAAGAGGACUUACUCAAGGAACAGGCUGAGUUUAUGAACGGGGACAGGCCUGCAGCUACUGUGGUGCGGGUGGGAGGCGAAAAGAAGGGAAAGUCUGAUGUCGUUGGUACGUCAACAGAAGAAAGGACUGCCGUAUCGGAGGCUCACAAGGCAGAGCAGGAAGCUGAGUUGUCGUCAGUGGAUGUGCCCUUAAACCGGGUUAUGAAUGACAGAGUCGUCGAACGGCAACCUGACUUGACUGUACCGGUGGCACCACCUCGGGCCGACCUGGCCAGUAGUAGUAGAGGUUUCCCUAAGCCCAAGCUGAGAGCAUGGCGGUCGAAGAAGUUGGCUGACUCGAGGGUCCCCUUGGCACAGAGGAAGCCCACAGUAGCAGCGACGGGGGAGGAUGUGAAUGAGAGGACUGUGUUGGGCAUGACCAAGGAGGAACGGGAGGAAACGAUGGCUGAGGUGAGUUAA